AGAGGCGCCAUACAAAUUGCAUUUCUGGGAAAACCUCUCAAAGUUCUGAUACAAACCCUAACCCAAAUCAAACCAGCAUUCAAUGGCGUCUCUAGUGUUGCCAUCGCCAUCAUCAUGCUCCACUUCUUCUUCUUCUUCGCCGUUUUCUCGGUGCUCUUUCGGCCGUGGUUUCAUUUGCAACGACGCCCGUAUCCCUACCUCUGCUAACAACAUCAGGUGUGAGAUUAGCAAAUCAUUGAAUGGGAAGCCAUUUGUACCAAUUAUUAAUGACGGGAUGCUGUCCAACUUCAUGCAAGCUGGGCGCUUGGAUCAUACUGUUGUGAAUGGGAAGCUUAAAAUAUUCUCUGGCACUGCAAAUUCUGCACUCUCUGAGGAAAUUGCGAGGUAUAUGGGCCUUGAUCUUGGAAUGAUUGAGAUAAAGCGGUUUGCAGAUGGUGAAAUUUAUGUUCAGCUGCAAGAGAGUGUGCGGGGUUGUGAUGUGUAUCUGGUGCAGCCUACCAGUCCUCCUGCAAAUGAGAAUCUCAUGGAGCUUCUAGUAACAAUUGAUGCUUGCCGAAGAGCAUCAGCCAAGAACAUCACAGCCGUGAUCCCUUAUUUCGGAUAUGCUAGAGCAGAUAGAAAGACUCAAGGGCGUGAAUCUAUUGCUGCCAAGCUAGUAGCAAACCUCAUUACAGAAGCAGGUGCAGAUCGUGUACUUGCGUGUGAUCUUCAUUCUGGGCAGUCUAUGGGAUAUUUUGAUAUUCCAGUGGACCAUGUGUACUGUCAGCCUGUUAUUCUUGAUUAUCUUGCCAGCAAGUCAAUUUGCUCCAAUGAUUUGGUAGUGGUCUCGCCUGAUGUUGGAGGAGUUGCUAGAGCACGUGCUUUUGCCAAAAAAUUAUCUGAUGCACCUUUGGCAAUUGUUGACAAAAGGCGCCAUGGGCAUAACGUCGCUGAGGUAAUGAAUUUGAUUGGCGAUGUCAGAGGAAAGGUUGCUGUGAUGUUGGAUGAUAUGAUCGACACUGCUGGAACUAUUAGUAAAGGUGCUGCUUUGUUGCAUGAAGAGGGAGCCAGGGAAGUGUAUGCCUGUUGCACUCAUGGUGUUUUUAGCCCUCCUGCAAUCGAGAGGCUGUCAAGCGGGCUUUUCCAAGAAGUGAUCGUUACAAACACAAUUCCUUUAAAGGAACAGCAUUACUUCCCGCAGCUGACUGUUCUUUCGGUAGCAAAUCUUUUGGGCGAGACGAUUUGGCGUGUUCAUGAUGAUAGCUCUGUAAGUAGCAUCUUCACAUGAGCUUCGAGAAACGGGGUUCUAAUUACUACUCAUUUGGUCUUUUCCUAUUUCAAAUAGCAGUUAGCAACAUUUUGUGGAGUUGAUAUUUGUAUCGAAGUCGAUAGUUUUGACAAAUAUUAACUGGUUAUUGUUUUCAAGUGUAAAAAGGAUUGGUAUGCUGGUUAUGCAAGCGUUGUUUGUUCUCAUUUCA